AUGGAAGCCACGAAGUCAUUCGGUCAGAUCAUCUCAAAUGCUGGCGUUGCCGCCCAUGUCCAACAAGCCGACGGCUACAGGAACCUUGGCGUCAAGAACGCGCCAGAGAGAUUCACUUGCACACCGAACUUUAGGUACAAAGAUGGUGUCCGGGUGACAGUGACGUUGGCCCAUAGUAUCUUCAAAUCGCAUCAAUAUCCGCACGGCAAUGCGAAUGACUUUGAUUUUGUCUUUUCGCAGUACUUCGGACUGUUAUUGAAGGAAUGGAGGCUGAAGCCGCAUCCACACGAGGUGGUCCCGGGAGGCUUGAAAGGCAUCAAGGCGGCACAGGGGAAGUUGAUGAAAGGGAAGGCGAGUGCUGUCAAGUACGUCGUGAGGGUUGAGGAAACGGACCGGCUCUUGACUUCAGAAAUUCCUUUUCCUGUCACGAUCGGAACUUGCAAUAUGAAUGAAGUUGACUACGGAGUCCUAAUUAAGAAAGUGUGUGCCCAUGUAGGCAAUGAAAAGUCGUCUCCGACUGUUGAUCUAUGUCCUCUAUUGCACUGUCCAGAUUAA